AAACGGCUGACUAUAAAUAAAUAUUUAGUUAAGUUAUUAUAAACAAUAAUUAAAAUAAAAUGACUAGAUCGGACGGAAGUUUUUUUUUUUUUUUUCUCUCCCCGAUUUUGUGCAUUUUCCUCUGAAGAGACAACAUUUGUGCAGGUCUUAUCUUCUCCGUUAAAAUCGUCGUCCAUCUCAUUUCACUCUCUCUCUCUCAAUCCUCCCGGGGAUAUUGCAAGUGAGUGUUAUUGUGUCCUCUUCACCAAAUGGCAUCACUUCACUUCUCUGCUUUGUCGAAUGUUGGGUCUCUUUACUCAGCUGUUCACCCAAGAAGCAUCUUGCCCACUAAUGUAGUUAAGCCCUUUAAGUUGACUUCACAAAAGGUGGUAUCUUUUUCAAGCUCAAGCUUCUUCGCUGGCUCCUCUUCGCUGCAUAUUGCUCCUCUCACUUCAUCAUUCAGAAAUGCCGCUCCCCUUGUUGCCUCAGUCCGCGCAAUGGCCCAGGAAGCAGAGCUGCAAUCAAAAGUAACCCAGAAAGUGUUUUUUGAUAUCAGUAUUGGAAAUCCAGAAGGAAAGCCUGUUGGGAGAGUCGUGAUUGGAUUGUUUGGCGAUGAUGUGCCAAAAACGACCGAGAACUUCCGUGCACUGUGCACAGGUGAGAAGGGCUUUGGAUACAAAGGAUCUGCUUUUCAUCGUGUCAUCAAGAAAUUCAUGAUUCAAGGAGGAGAUUUUGAUAAAGGAAAUGGAACCGGCGGAAAGAGCAUAUAUGGCCGAACGUUUAAAGAUGAAAACUUUAAAUUGACGCAUACUGGACCUGGAAUAGUUAGUAUGGCGAACGCUGGGCCCAAUACGAAUGGAAGCCAGUUCUUUAUAUGCACUGAACCGACACCGUGGUUAGAUAAGAAUCAUGUGGUGUUUGGCCAAGUUAUAGAAGGCAUGGACGUUGUUAAGCUAAUCGAGUCCCAGGAGACGGACAGGGGAGAUCGUCCUAGGUUGAAGGUUGUCAUCAGUGAUUGUGGAGAGCUUCCAUUGGUUUGAAUUUGAAUCACAUUACUUGAGCUAUCAUCUCCCCUUAUUCCAGCGAAUGUGGUAGAGGUAUUAGAAGCCUCGUAUGUGUGGCUACUGAUACAUCCAUGGUUCAGACCCAAUUUUUAAUACUUGUAUUUUGUAUUUCUAUGUUGAGAACUGACUUGCGUAGCCAGCGUUUUAAUCAAGGAUGUUAACAUGUGUUUCAUGAACA